GUUCAAAGUUCAAUUUUGUUCGUUGUUGUUUUUUCUUCUUUCGAUUCAUUCAUUCAUUCAAAGUAAUAAAUUAAUUUGUAAAAAGUAGUAGCUUAGAUACAAUGAUAUAUCCAUAUCCAUGUUUUUUACCCCUUCUCUUCUUAUAUAUCGUUCGAAUCCGAUGAAAUUAACCCGCUCAUUUUAACAUUGAGUAAUAUACUACUGAUUUCAAUAAAUAUUUGUAUAUAUACAUACAUACUGAAGUCUAUCUAUAUAUGCCGAUCAUGUCUUUAAGACAUGUAUCUCCAAGAAGCAAAGCACCACCACCACCACCAUCUCUACAACAAUCAAACAGUAUCUCAUCUGAAAGAGAUUACCAUUAUCAUACUAAACAUUCAUAUGAUCCAUACAAUACUACUAAUAAUACUACUACUCAUUAUUAUCUGAUUGAUAAACCAUAUAAACAUAAUAAAUCUAAAUAUAACAAUGUUUAUCUAUCUCAUAAUAAAUUAUUCGAUAUAUUAAAUGUUACAAAUGAUAGAAGAAAUCAUCAAUUCUUAAAACAGACUACAUCGAAAUUGGAUACUUCUAUAGAUACCUAUUCAAUCCCAUCCAAAUUGCGUUCAAUGCAGAAUUACGGCGCAAGUGUUUCAUCGGUCAAUAAUUGUACUACCAAUACUACCACUACGAUUACUACGACUACUACUACUACUAUUACCACUACUACUACUAAUAAUAGUAAUAAUAUGAGUAAGGAAUCGUUUGAAAAUUCAAAUUUAAAAAAUCGAUAUUCUAAAUCAAUUCAUUGCCAAUCACCUAUUAUACAUGUACGAAAUCAUAUACAUCAUAUUAGUAACCAUAGUAACAAUAAUAAUGGUACUAUUAAUCAUAAUCGAUUAAAUGAUGGAUUUAAUUUCCUUAAACAUGUUCAUAAAUCAAAAAAAUAUUUAAAUAUACGUCAAUAUUCAAUCAAUAAUUCAUAUGAUGAUGUAAUCAAUUUGAAUAAAUUAACUGAUUCGAAUCAUUAUUUAUGUUCGGUAA